AUGUCGAGUGUGAUUUUCGGGGCCAUUGGAGGAUGUAUUGCCUGUAACGAUAAGUCCAAAGAAAAGAAAGCCACCGUUACUACCACUGGGGCAACCCGCAGGCAACCGCGGCCAGCAGCUAACCGUGAAGGUGGAGCUACCACCAACAACAAGCCUUCAACAAAACCGAACACCGCUGCGAAUGGAUCAACUUCAGGUGGGAAUCUUGGGGGUACUAAGCCGCAAAUGGAUCCUAAAGAAGCGGCGGCUAAGGCGGCUGAAGAACGUUACCGAAAAGCGGCCCAGAACCAAUCACAGAGUAAGCAAAAAUUGAAGGAGCACCAACUGCGACCAAAAUCCGAAAAGGCCUUGGCUUCCUAA